AUGGCGUUUGCAUUUGUUUUUUUUAAAUUACUGCAUUUACUUCCGUACUCGGAGGGAAUCAUAGCGCGCUUUUUUAAGGCAGCGUCCACGAUUGAGCUCCCGCGGGAGAUGUACUGCGACGGGCUGUUUGGUUUGGAGAUGCUGAAGACGCACCAGCGAAUGAUCUGGACCGAGCUGAAUAAGCCAGCUAUCUGCGGCCUCGAGGCUCCAAACCCUGAGCUCUUUUCAGUAGAUGGCAGCGUGAGCUUCCGUUUACUGGACUUUGCGCAAGACGGAAUGCCUCUGGUGGUCAACUUUGGAAGUUACACUUGUCCAGUGUUCAGAGCUCGUUUGGGCGAGUUUGGCGAGCUUGUAGAGAGCUUUAAAGCAACUGCGAAGUUUGUGACGGUGUACGUAAAGGAAGCACAUCCAACGGACGAGUGGUUUCUUAAGAACAAUGAAACUAUCAGACAGCACAAGUCGUUGAUGGAGCGAUGUGAUGCUGCAAAGAAACUUCUUGGCACCAAAACACUGCGCACUCCGCUCUUAGUGGAUACCAUGGAGAAUGCAGCUAACGAAGCCUAUGGGGCAGUGCCGACACGUCUCUACAUCAUUCAGAGCGGGAUAGUACAGUACGCCGGAGGGAUCGGGCCAACAUUCUACAGACCGUGGGAGGUAAAAAAAUGGCUUGAGGACAAUAUGUCAUCUGUUGAUGCAAAUAAUAAUAAUAAUAAUAAUAAUAAUAAUAAUAAUAAUAAUAAUAAUAAUAAUAAUAAUAAUAAUAAUAAUAAUAAUAAUAAUAAUAAUAAUAAUAAUAAUAAUAAUAAUAAUAAUAAUAAUAAUAAUAAUAAUAAUAAUAAUAAUAAUAACAGACUCGACUUCUCCUUCGAAAGGCAUAGAGCCUAGGUGUCGAAGUCUAAGCUGCAGUCUAAGUUGCUAUUACCUACAAAAGACUUAAAGAUAUACACCAUAACCGAUCGGUGCAGGUAGCUUUGGUUGCCCACACAGAUGUGAUACCAAGAAGGAACAAAUCAAUACGAGGUUUCUACAAAUGUAAUAACUAUCUUAGAAACUUAGAAGAGACAAAAAAUAAUAAAAAUAUUGGUAGCAAUUAUUCUUUAGUUGCACAUAGCCUGCUGCCAUGGGUAUACAAUGUAGAUAGACUGUGCUCCAUUUUUCCAACUGUUCAUUUAAAUAGGAUUUAAUUAGAAUGGAAGAGCUUACUGAAUAAUCAUGUAGUAUAGUUUUAUAAGUACCGUCAAAUUAUUAAAAGAACAUAUUGUACAUACUCAAGAAAAUGGUGGUUUAAGAAAUAAAGAAAAAAAUCAAAUAAAAAGAUAGAGAGAACACA